AUGGUGUCGACUGCGGCUACGUCAUCACCGUCGUCCAUCACAUAUGACAUCAAUAGUAUUAAAAUCUUUUUAAAGGAAGAUAAACUGAAGUAUACAAUCAUUGACAAUAUGAAAGUUAAAGAAAAUACACCUUGUUGGAAGAAAUUCUAUUUUUAUAAUAAAGACGAUGGACGAGGCGGUGACGGGGCAGAAAGCAGACGGGGCGAUCCCCGCGGAGCAGAUUUCUCGAAACUUGACGAGGUACGGGGCGAUGCCGAGGCGGGAAGUUUGCGAGGCGAUCCUCGCGAUGGAGCUAAAGAUACUCCCUCGCCCAUCUCUGGUGGGCAUACAGCCAGACAUUAG